AUGCCGAAUGAUAUGAGAUAUUAUUAUGAUGUGAUAAACACCAAGUGGUGGUAUUUUGAUCCCCUUUAUGGUGGAUGGAAAGAAUUCGAAGCAGAUAUGGCAGAAGCAGAGGAAGAAGUCACUCCAGAUGAUACAACUGGAGGUGUAGAUAGAGUAAGCGAAACUGCAAAAAAUGUCAAGGAUAGUGAGAAAACAAAAAGUCAUAAAUAUGGUGGCUACAAUAAUAUGGGCACAGGGAAUAGGCUAAAUAACAAAAAUCAUCGUGAACCGAUUAUAAAUUGUAAUAAUGAAACAAAAAAGGGCAUAGAAUUAGUAAAUAAUAUCAAGAAUUCAACACAUUCACAAAUAGACGAUCACAAAACAAACUCAGAAUCCUCCAAUAUAAACAACCACAUCAAACAUUAUUCUUUUAAGAGUAAUACAAAACAACAUAAAUAUGGGAAUAAGGAAGAGUAUAAUGAGACAUACGAAAACUCUCAUGAAUAUAACGAGAAUUAUAUAUCUCCAAAUGAUUAUGUGCAAGAAAGCAGCUCUUUGAAUAGGUAUGGACAUAACGAUCAAAAUGAUGAACAUUAUGAUGAAUAUGGUGAUCAUUAUGAUGAAUAUGGUGAUCAUUGUGAUGAAUAUGGUGAUCAUUAUGAUGAAAGUGGUGAUCAUUAUGAUGAAAGUGGUGAUCAUUAUGAUGAAUGUGGUGAUCAUUGUGAUGAAAAUGGUAACCAUUGCGAUGAAAGUGGUGGAUAUUAUGAUGAAAAUGGAGGAUAUUAUGAUGAAAAUGGAGUAUAUUAUGAUGAAUAUGGAGGAUAUUAUGAUGAAUAUGGUGGGUACUAUGAUAAAAGUGGGUUCUACUAUAAUGAACAAGGUGAAUAUAAUGAUGAGAAUGUAGCACCGUGCAGUCCAAAUGGGAUAUAUUAUUAUGAUGAAAAGGGGUUAUGCUAUGAUGAAAAUGGAGAGAAUUAUAACGAAAGUAACACACAUUAUGAUGACAAAGGUUGUCAUUUAGAUGAUAAUGAUAAACAUUACUGUGAAGACAAUAGCAUAAAAACACAUGAAAUUACUCACGAAGAGGAACGGCUUGGAAAAUGUUCAAAAAGGUAUGUUGAUAUUUACCAUCACAACAGGAUUAACAAAGACUUCUCGUCAAGAAUAAAUUGUUCACAGAAUCUCAGUAAUAAUCAAACCAAUAUUCUGAUAAAAUCAAAUGAAAGAAUAAAGGGUAAAACAGAGAACAUGGGACCAAAUUCAUCAAAAUUGGAAUCCUAUUUCACUGAAGAGGAGGAAGAAAGAGAAGUGGUACGUAGUGAAAAUAGUACUAGAAGUGGUGUCGGGGAUGACAAUAAAUUAGAUAAAGGCGAGAGAAGCAACACAGAUAGAGAUGGGAUAAAUAAAAAUGAUAGCCAUAAUGAAUAUAAAAAUGAAAAUAAAGUAGAAGAAAGCAGGAACUCUUCAGAUAAGGAAAACUCUAGUUAUGAUGAGCUACUGAAAAACAUGGAGGAAAAAAAAAAAAAAAAAAAAAAAAAAAAAAAUUCAUUUAGCUCAAAGAGUUCAGGUGAAUCAGAAGAGUGUAAUAAGCUAAGUGAACGAAUUAACAGUUUAUUAAAUCACAGUAAUAGCAAUUUGUCUAUUCUUUGUAAAAAAGAUAGUUCUAUCAUACUAGAAAACUUAUUAAGUCGUAGUUUCACUAAAUCUGACCAUUUGAACUCAAUUAAUACAAUUGAAAAGGGAAGUGAUGAUGGAACAGGUGAAAAUAGAUCAACGAAUAAAAAGGAUAAGAAAAAAACGAAGGUAAAUUUUUUUGAAAAUUAUAAAAUUGAAAAUGAUAGUAGUAAAGAACAAGCGGGUAAUGAUAGCGCAACAAGUAAUAGGUUAGCAAGUAACGAAGAUCAUGGCGAUAGCGAAACAAGUUAUGUGCCCUUUGUGAGAAGGGCAACCCGAACACUUACAUUUAAAAACCAAGGGGGAUUAGCCGGAUGUCUGAAGGUUUUUCAAGAAAAGAAAAAAGAACUAAUGGCAUCUACAACAAAUAAUGUAAACGAUGUAGAAAUUAAAAUUGCAAACCUUAAAAGAAGGGCUAGAGAAUUAGCACAACGAUAUAGAUCAAAAAAUCAACAUAAAGAAGAUCAACAAAAAAGCGAUCAAAUAAAAGCAAAAUUCGAAGAAUUGAUUUUUCUUGCACACAAGCAAAAAAAGGAGCCCACAGAAAAAUAA